GGGAGGCAGGCUGUGAAUGCUAACGAGCCCCAUCGUAAUCAUACAGCUCCGUAGGUAGGGUUUGAUAAAACAUCUUGCAAUGGAGAGGAACGACGACCACUAUUAAAGACCUACUAUGCGCCAGUGCCGCGUUCGCCCUGUGCGCGUGCAGCAGCCUCACCGUCGUCGGCACGUUUGAUCAGAAAAACCGUCUUUUUCCGCUGAGUGAAAUGUAUCGCGACUGCUCGGGAUUCACAUUCUGACAAUGGAGAUUGAAAAUAUCGUGGCCAACACGGUUCUCCUGAAGGCAAGGGAAGGUGGAGGAGGCAAGAGGAACGGUCGCAGUAAGAAAUGGAAGGAGAUGCUGAAACUCCCGCACAUCAGCCAGUGUGAGGAGCUCCGACGCACCAUCGAGAGGGACUACACCAGUCUAUGUGAGAAGCAGCCCAUUGGUCGGCUGUUAUUCCGUCAGUACUGUGACACCAGGCCAGAGCUGAAGCGCUGCAUUGAGUUUAUGGAUGCUGUGGCCAUGUACCAGCUAGCUCCUGAUGAGAAGAGGAGGGACUGUGGACUGAAUGUUUUAGACACAUACUUUAAUAAUGGGUCAGCAGCCCAUCUGCCAGACAUACCCCAGGAUGUAGUCGCUGGUUGCCGGGAGAGGCUGGAACAGAGUCCGUGUAAGGAGCUCUUCAAUGACUGCACCAAAAUAGUUCGUGAUUAUCUGAGUGGAGCUCCAUUUUCCUUCUACCAGGAGUCCAUGUACUUCUCUCGCUUCCUGCAGUGGAAAUGGUUGGAGAGGCAACCAGUAACCAAAAAUACCUUCAGACAUUAUAGAGUACUAGGAAAAGGUGGAUUUGGCGAGGUUUGUGCCUGCCAAGUACGUGCCACCGGUAAGAUGUACGCCUGUAAAAAGCUGGAAAAGAAACGAGUGAAGAAAAGAAAAGGUGAAGCAAUGGCACUAAACGAAAAACGCAUUUUAGAAAAAGUUAACAGUAGUUUUGUAGUUAGUCUAGCAUAUGCCUAUGAGACCAAGGAUGCGCUGUGCCUGGUGUUGACCAUAAUGAAUGGCGGUGACUUAAAGUUUCACAUCUACAACAUGGGCAACUCGGGCUUCGACGAGCAGAGGGCCAUCUUCUACGCUGCUGAGAUCUGCUGUGGCCUUGAGGACCUGCACCGCGAGAGGAUAGUCUACAGGGAUUUGAAACCUGAAAACAUCCUUCUGGAUGAUCGUGGACACAUCCGAAUUUCAGACCUGGGCCUUGCUGUUCAAAUCCCUGAAGGAGAGACGAUACGAGGGAGAGUGGGAACUGUUGGAUACAUGGCUCCCGAGGUGAUCCAGAACGAGAGCUACACCUUCAGCCCAGACUGGUGGGGGCUGGGCUGCCUGAUCUUUGAGAUGAUCCAGGGGCAGUCGCCCUUCCGCAAGCGCAAGGAGCGCGUCAAGCGGGAGGAGGUGGACAGACGAGUGCGCGAGGACCAGGAAGAGUACUCCGAUAAGUUCUCAGAGGAGGCGAAGGACAUCUGCAGACAGCUCCUGGCCAAGGAUCCCAAGGAGCGCCUUGGUUGUCAGGGACGCGGGGCCAUAGAGGUCAAGCAGCACCCCAUCUUCAGAAACAUCAACUUCAAACGGCUGGAGGCCAACAUGCUGGACCCUCCCUUCAGCCCUGAUCCUCGGGCCGUGUACUGUAAAGACGUCCUGGACAUCGAGCAGUUCUCCACUGUCAAAGGCGUGAACCUUGACCCCACAGACGAUGACUUCUACCACAAGUUUGUCACAGGCAGUGUCUCCAUCCCGUGGCAGAACGAGAUGAUUGAGAUGGAGUGCUUUAAAGAAAUCAAUGUCUACGAGACAGACGGGACGCUGUGCCCAGACCUGGACAUGAAUCGGCCUAACCCUCCACCAAAGAGAGGCUUCUUCUACCGCCUGUUCAGAAGAGAGGCAAGUGCUAGUGCUCCGGCAACUGUUCGAGGGGGUGGGGGCUAAGGUCUGUUUUAAGAGCGGUUACAGUGACGACGAGACCGAAGAGCCCUCGCGACUUUAAACCACUCCCUCCACCUGCCCGCCC